AUGAAAGCAUGGAACGUACCCAUUGCGUGCCGAAUGUUUAGGUAUGCUCUCGAAGGGGAUGCCAGAGAAUGGUUAAAAAGCGUAACGAAAGGGUCAAUUGUUAGCUUUGACGACCUCAAGGAAAAAUUUAGAGCCCGGUUCAGUCAACAGAAGAAACACAAGAAAAUCCACGUGGCGGCCCACGGGAUAAGACAAAGAGAGAAAGAAAGCUGUAGAUCAUUUAUCGACAGGUUUACCACUGAGACAGAGGAUAUAGUAGACCUCGCUGAGUCCCAAAGGAUAUCAGGACUAAUUCAUGGCCUUCGGCACAAACCACUGGUAGAGUUCCUAUGUAGGGAUCUUCCAAAUACUUAUGAACAGAUCCAAAAGAGAACGCAUGUAUUCUUAGAUGCAAGGGAAAUAGUUUCGAAGGGGGACAAUAGUCCCCCACAUGACAAAGAGGCUUCGGCAAAAAGGGGAAAAUGGGGAAAUGAUAGGGAAAAACCUAAAUAUAGCCUUUACCAAAAGGAAGAUAGGGGAUUCCACAAGACUAUUCUACCAGAACUGAAUAAGACUCCAAAAGAAAUCCUACUCACCGAAAGCGUGGCAAAGAAUUUCUCCACACCACCCCAAUUGAACCCAAGGAGCAGAAGAGACACUUCCAAAUACUGUGAGUUUCACCAGGAUUACGGUCAUGAUACUAACACCUACUGGCAGCUAAAGAAGGCCAUAGAAGAAGCUAUUAGCGAAGGAAAACUGGCACACCUGGUUAAAAGUGUGAGGCAGCAAAACCCCAAGAAAGAGGAUGAACAAGGAGAAAAGAAAAAAGGCCCAGAAAAGACUAUCUAUACUAUUUUAAAGAAAAACCUGUGGAAAAGCGCCCACUCCUAA